UCCUGUUCUACUCCUAUGAUAGAAAGGUCCUCACGUCUUUCUUUUCUCAUACUUUUCUCCCGUAUUAAUAAAAAAGACUUUAAUCACGCGACCACGAAAAAUUCUCUUCUGUGCUGCUGCAUCGAUCUCUUCCGCCUGAAUUCAUCGGAUAUUCUGCGACGAAAUCAGAGGAAUCAGGCCCGAGCUCUCUACGCUUCUUGCAGCCGGCAUCUGAAGGAAGGUGUCUUUAAUCACGCGACCACGAAAAACCCUCUUCUGUGCUGCUGCAUCGAUCUCUUCCACCUGAAUUCAUCGGAUAUUCUGCGACGAAAUCAGAGGAUUCGGGCCCGAGCUCCCUACGCUUCUUGCAGCCGGCAUCUGAAGGAAGGUGGUACAUUAUGUGUAGCGGUAGCUGGUGCCGGGUUCGUGUGGAUGGCACCCCUCAUGGUCACACUAAUCAGCGAUGACAGCCCUGUCCCGAUGUCGACGGCGGACAGUUCCUGGCUCUCCUCGUCGAUCGAGAUCGGACAGAUCGUCGCCACGAUGCCCUGCGGCGUCCUCGCUGACAAAAUCGGAAGAAAGUAUGUGAUUCUUAGCGGUGGACCGCUGAGCUUGAUGGCAUGGCUUCUUAUCCUGACCACCAAAUCCAUCGGAGUUCUUUACGCCGUCCGUGCGUUACAGGGAGUGGUCUCCGCGAUAGCAUUCACAAUCGUACCGAUGUACUUGGUCGAGAUCUCCGAGCCGUUGGUACGCGGUAUGUUCGCCGGUCAACUGAAGGUCCUGUGGUACGUCGGAACGCUUUACGCCUAUUCGACCGGGCCGUACUUAUCGUACGAUAAUUAUGCCAUGGUGUGCUCAAUCCUCUCAUUUUUAUUCCUCCUGUUUUUUUCGUUCAUGCCGGAGUCUCCGUAUUACCUCUUCAUGACCGGAAGAAACGUCGAGGCGCAGAAAUCUCUGGAAUGGCUUCGCGGUGGACGGACGGAUUUCACUCUGGAACUGAAAAACAUCAAGCACAGCGUCGAGAAAGACAUGAGCCGCAAAGCCACCUGGAAAGACCUAUUCGCCACGCGGAAAGAUGUCUACGUCUUCUUUCUCGUCCAAGUCGUCUGCCUCGUCAAAAUGUUCAACGGUCUAUCCGCGAUAGUGCUAUACGCGACACAGACUUUCCAAGAAGAAUUUAAUGGAUAUUUUAGCAGCGGGAGUUUGACUAUUUUUUUCGGCUUGACUCUUUUAGCUACAUCCUUCGUCGCUUCUUUUCUAGCUGACAAGGUCGGCAGAAGACCGUUACUCAUAAUGUCCUCGGCUGGAUCCGCGCUAUGUCAUCUGAUAACUACUAUCAUCUGCUACCUCGACCGAGGUACGGACGUCGACGUUUCUUCCGUUAAGUGGAUUUCCUAUCUGUCCAUUAUAGGUUUCUGCAUCGUUUCAAACAUCGGGCUCGGGCCUUUGGUUCCGACCAUCCAGGCCGAGUAUUUCCCGUCGCACACGAGAGCCAUCGGUUCAGGACUUACUGAAGUGGUCGCUUGCGCAGCGGGCUUUAUAUCAAUCAAGCAGUAUCAAAUCGUCAACGACUAUUUCGGCGUUUACAUGAACUUCUUUUUGUUUUUCAUCGUCUCAUUCCUCGGGACGAUCCUUUUGUAUAAAGUGAUUCCAGAAACGGCUGGAAAAAGCCUGGGUCAAAUCCAGUCAUCAUUUAACAGGAAAAUCGAUGAAUCUAGCCUGUAAUUUUUGAAAUUAUAAUAAGAACAAUUGUGGCUAGUCAUUACUGAAUAAGUUAAGACAUAAUUUAAGUUUAUUAGUAUUUUUAUAUCAAAUGUAUUAUUUGUCUUUCGAAAGAUUUUUAAUAUAUAAAAGACUAACAUUAUUCAAAAUUCAGUAAUUUAAUUUACCUUAAUUAUUAAUUUUUAGAGAAUUGAUAGCACUAUACUUGUUCUUCAACAUGAACAGCCCUCACAAGUAAACCGUCGAAUGCUGAUGCAAUAUCUAUACAUCUGGCCAAAUUGGUGUCAAAUCGAGUUUAGACAUUUGCCAAUAUAAAUUCUAAAUUCAAUCUCAGUGCUCCCAAAACCUAAGAAACCAAAUCACCUUCCUAGCUCCUACCAACACAUCAGUCUUUUGCCCAUUAUUGGUAAAAUACUGGAAAAGCUCCUAUUAAUCCGCUUGUCCAAGGAAAUUCAUCCAAACACAUUUCCCCAUCACCAAUUCGGCUUUCGGAGUUGCUACUCAAUUAUACAACAAGCGCAUCGAAUAAUUUACGUUAUUUCCACAUCCCUUGAACUAAAACACUAUUGCCCGGGUGUGUUCUUGGAUGUACACCAGGCCUUUGACCGAGUAUUGCACUCUGGGCUGCUGGGGAAGCUCAAGACAUCCUACCAGCAACCUAUUACCUUAUCCUAAAAUCUUAACGAUCAUUACAUCCAAGUACAGAAAUGCAUUGUCUCCUAUCCAUCAUAUUCUAGCAGCUGUCCCACAGGGCAGUGCUCGCUCCUUUCCUUUACUCAAUUUAUACCUCCGACUUACCUACGCAAUCUAACACUAUCAUCUUCAUCUUUGCCGAUGAUACCGCAACCUUUUGUCCUGAUAAGGAUACUGUCACAGCUCCCCGUAAUCUCCAAAAUCACUUUCACAUCUUUGAAUGCUGACUCCUAUAGUGGAGAAUCAAUAUCAACGAAACCAAAUCAACAAUCUUUAUCCUAAACAAAAAAAAAA